GCAUGGGUUAUCGGUGCGGCGGGCGGCACAGCCAGGGUGCUGGGGCUGGGAGAUAGGCUCCCACGCCCGGCUGUCACGCUCUCGGAUGCGCGCCGCAGCGCGCCCGCGGUGGCUCGGCCGCAGCCAGGGCAGCUGGCCCGCCAGCCCACGAGGUCAUUUGGUAGCCAGGCAAGCAGAGGAGGCCAGGGGGUAUCCCCCCCCCCCCGCCUGCCAGCUCCCCAAGGCUGGAGGUAUGCAGUGUCCCCAUCCCUAGAGGCAGCACCCGAGCCCCAGCCCGGCGUUAGUGCCCAGAGGGAUGUGGAGCCACAGAGGCAGCGGACCCUGUGACUGACACAGCCCCUCCAGCCCACAGCUGAAUGGAAAGACUGCAGAAGCAACCACUGACCUCCCCUGGGAGCGUCUGUUCCUCCCGCGGUUCCAGCGUCCCCGGAUCGCCGUCCAGCAUUGUGGCCAAAAUGGACAAUGAGGUUCUGGGCUACAAGGACCUGGCCGCCAUCCCCAAGGACAAAGCGAUCCUGGACAUCGAGCGCCCUGACUUGAUGAUCUACGAGCCCCAUUUCACCUACUCGCUCAUGGAGCAUGUGGAGCUACCCCGGAGCCGAGAGCGUUCCCUGUCUCCCAAAUCCAUCUCUCCUCCUCCAUCUCCGGAGGUCAUCCGGGAGUGGCUGGAGAGCCGGACCCCCGGCAGCGCCCCGCAGCCCACCUCUCGCCAGGGCAGCAGCUCGGCUCGCAGCAGCGUGCAGCACUUCCACCGACCCGAGACCGACACGACGGAGCUCAACAUAUACAAGAAGCCUCCAAUCUACAGGCAGAAAGAGCACCAUUCCAGCGCCCACCACGGGAAGCAUCUCAUAGAGGACUUGAUUAUCGAAUCCUCCAAGUUCCCAGCGGCGCAGCCCCCAGACCCCAACCAGCCCGCCAAGAUCGAGACCGACUACUGGCCGUGCCCCCCCUCUCUGGCCGUCGUGGAGACGGAGUGGAGGAAGCGGAUGGCCUCUAAGAGAGGGGAGGAAGAGGAGGAGGACCUGACGGAGGAGAUGAAGAACCUGCGGGAGCUCCAGAGGCAGGAGCUGAGCAAGGUCACCUCCAACCUCGGGAAGCUGAUCCUAAAGGAGGAGAUGGAGAAAUCUCUCCCCAUCCGGAGAAAAACACGCUCGCUGCCAGACCGGACACCCUUCCACACAUCCCUGCACAUGGGGAGCUACAAGAGCUCCUCGCUGCCCGCCUCUGGCAGGAGCACCCUCACCCGGCUGCAGUCGGCAGAGUUCAGCUCGGCAGGCAGUGAGAAGGGCAGUCCGGGCCUCCAGAAUGGCCAGCGUGGGCGCAUGGACAGAGGCAAUUCCCUGCCCAGCAUGCUGGAGCAAAAGAUCUACCCCUACGAAAUGCUGAUGGUGACGAACCGAGGCCGUGUGAAGCUGCCGCCCGGCGUGGACAGGACCAGGCUGGAGCGGCACCUCUCCCCUGAGGAUUUCCUGCGGGUCUUUGAGAUGCCCCCCGAGGAGUUCAGCAAGCUGGCCCUCUGGAAGCGCAACGAGCUGAAGAAGAAAGCCUUCCUCUUCUGAGCCCACCUCGGCCCCGAGCUCAGUCCGUGUCGCGCCGUGUAACCGCUUUAGGGCUCUCAGCCGGUUUUUACUAGGAUCCCCCCCCCUCCCCUCUCCCCCAGCCCACCCACCACCCCCCACCCCACCCCGGCUCUUCCCUCCCCACCUCACUCCUCCUGCGGGAAGAGGGCUGGAGGGCUGGAACCUGCCUCCGCCACCCGGGGUGAUGGGGCUUGGGGAGGACCCUGCCCUGGAGCAGGCACGGUUCAGCCAGGAGGGGAGGUGUGGGGGGCGUCUCUGUGCUGAGUGCCCCCCCCUCUCCCCCUGGGCAUGCUGGCAGGGGCAGUGCCUGGCUCUGCUUUUGGCCGGCCAGGAGCAUGCCAGCUCCGGUGCAUGGGCAGCGGGGGGGCUUGCCUCUUCCCUGGGGGUCAGCUGCCACCGUCCCCCUCACCUGCGGUGCCCCUCUGCCCCCCGGGUGCCCCUCUGCCCCCCACGCCUUCACCCUGACACUUGGGAAGAGCCCGGGGGCCGACUCACUGCCAGACUGAUGUGCUCCAGGCAAAGGCAUCCCACCUUGCCCCCCUUCAGCCCCCCUUUUAACACCCCCCCGGGUCCCUCCUGCGCCGUAAGGACACGUACACUGCCAAAACCUGCCUGGCACCGGGCUGGCGGCGGGCAGGGCUGGGAUGCUGGCGUGAUGGAGCACUGCGGGAUGGGGCAGGGGGUGGCAGAGCAUGGGCCGGGAGGGGCGGGGGGGGGGCGGGGGGAGCUGGGGGCAGCUCCUGCUGCAUUUCUAACUGCAGAAGGGGGAUGCAGCAGAGCAAAGGGGUGAUGAACAAGGGCACCGCGGCCCUGGGGGUCUGGGCAGCGCUGCCUGGCCCCCCGCGGCCGUGCAGGCAGGGCUCGGCACCAGGCAGCCCCUUCCCUUCUCCCACCUCUCCCGUCCCCUCUUCGGGCACGCGUUUUGGGCAGGACCCCUCUGCCCCUGCACCCCCCGGCCCCCCACGCUCCUCGGUUUCUGUUUCCAGCCACUUUUCCAGCCGCUAGACCUUGUUGGGAUGUAAAGAAUGUAAUUUAUCGGGAAACCACUGGCCCAUACUUGCCUUUCACUGCUACUCUACGAACGACAUAUCUAUAAAUAUAUAUAUAAAUAUGGGUUGUUUUCUGACUGGACUACAGUGAUUCACUUUCUCUGUUUUGUUAGAGUUUAUUUGAUUUGCUGGUGUCGGAGAAUCCGCGUGAGAGUGAUUUUUUGCUUACAAUUAAAGGUGAAAUGGCUUUAUCCA